UUUUCUGUUAACGUUAACGUUUUCUUGCUCUUGAACAGACUGGAUGAAUGAAAACACUGGUUCUGUUCACAUGGUUGCUGCUGCUCUUGGCUCUCUGAAGGGUCUCAAUGACACCAAGCUGAAUGACCCCCGCCCCCACCCCCCCCACAUGCCCUCCUCUCCUUUCUCGACUUCUGCUGGGUCGGUUGGUUAAAUCUUUGAGCAUUAGUGGGCGUGUGCAUGUGAGAGUGUGUUGGUGCUCCUAGGGCGCAUGCGAACUGAGGCCCAAAGGGGAAAGCCUUCCACACAGAUCUAAGCCAGCUGCCCUGCUUUAAACACUGCAUUGCAAGAAGAGUGGAAGAGAGGGGGAACCCGCAUGCAUCCCCCCUACCAGUGUGCUCAAAGUACACUGACAAAGCAGCUGCCAGCUCUAUGAACAGACGAGCAGCUACAAAUGUUAGAUUUAGACAUUUGCUAUUAGGUAGAAGCUCAUGUCGGCGUCCUUCUGCUUCAGAUUCUCGGGACUCAAAGGGCACUUGCUGCCCUGAGAGGGGGUUGUUCAAGCAAACUGACCUCUGUGGUUAACUCGAAUCAGUUUGUGUGAAGCUCUGUGGAGGAGGGGAGGAGGGAACAGGCAGCAGUUAGUGGGAGGUGGGAGGCCACGGUGGGGCUCCUGCACUGCUCAAGAAGGAGACGAAGCAGUUGCCGGGAAGCGGGGAAAGAGGAGGAGAUGGCCACGGGAGAAAUCACAACACUGCCCUCCACACCUGAAGACGGCGGCAGUGGCGGCUUUCCUCCUGGGAGCUUCAAGGAUCCCAAAAGGCUGUAUUGUAAAAACGGGGGCUUCUUCUUGAGGAUAAAGUCUGACGGGGGAGUGGAUGGAAUCCGGGAGAAGAACGACCCCCACAUAAAACUUCAACUCCAGGCGACCUCAGUGGGAGAGGUGGUCAUCAAAGGAGUUUGUGCUAACCGCUAUCUGGCGAUGAACAGAGACGGACGACUGUUUGGAGCGAGACGAGCAACAGAUGAAUGCUAUUUCUUGGAAAGGCUUGAGAGCAACAACUACAACACCUAUCGCUCCAGGAAGUACCCAAACAUGUAUGUGGCGCUGAAGCGGACAGGCCAGUACAAGUCUGGAAACAAAACUGGACCGGGUCAGAAGGCCAUUCUUUUUCUUCCAAUGUCCGCCAAGUGCUAAUCUGAGAUCUGAUCGAGAAAUAUUAAAGUAAGUCUUAGUGGCGUCGACAAAGAAGAAAAUGUGACGGCAAUGAAGAGAGAAUGUUGCCCAAAACAGCUGUGAUCUUUUACAACAGUUAACUUUUUUAAUCUUGAGCAUGUCUGCUCUUAUUCAGCUUCACUUUCAAACCGUGGCACACUUUCACACCUGGCUGCCUCCCAGUAGAACCAGGCUUUUACCACGCACCAAACAACUGCUACACUAGUGUAACUGGAGCCACGUGCCUUGCUCAAGUGCACCUCAACAGAAUGGCAGCAUAGCAUUAUUUGUUCAUGUUAUCUAUACGGUUCUUCCGUCUCUGGCUGAGGGAAUCACAGCUGCAGCCUUGUAAUUCCUGCCCUUCAGUUAAUGACUGUGUAAGUCUGAGUUACAGGAGAAUAUUUUGUCGAAAGGUGUCUCCCAGAUGAAAAGGAUCCUCAGCAACAGUGACCUGAAGAUCAGAGGACCGAACAAAAUAACUGAUUUCAGAAUUUUUGAUUGACAAAACUAAGUGCAGUAAACGCACUAAAAUCAAAACCCAGCCAAAACUUACACAGUUUUUUUCUACUUUUUUCUAUUUUUUUCACACUAGUCAGUAUCUUAACACACUUAAAGGAUUUGUAGCAGGUCUCCUGAGCUUGUCUUCAUUUUCUGAUUAAACUGCAUUCCCCCUUUAUACUAGAAUUUAAAUGUACAAUUUGAAAUUUGUGCAAAAUGACCUAACGUUGCGUAGCACAGGGGGAUAAUGUAUGAAUACAAGAUAAUUGUGGUGAAUGAUAAUUCAAUGACAGGCAGGUUCCUUGGGAAAAACAAUAUAGUUUGUGCUGUUUUUAACUAGCCUGUAGGCUACUUUAGCAAGGCAGCCGAUAUUGAUAUCGCAUUAAUUAACUAAUAUCGUUGACUAGUUAACAAGCUAAAAUAGACUAAACUCAUCACUGAUUGUGAAAUGACAUGUUCCCAGUCAAAAACACAGCAGAACUGUACCUUUAAAAAUGAAAUUAGCUGCUGACAACCACCCUUGCCUAACAGCUGUGGACUUCCAGCAUGGUCGCCAGUAAGUGUUAAAUGAACCGUAUAAGACUCUGCAGUCUUGCAGGUACCACAGUAGAAUAGUUCCUUUAAAAAACACAAAGUGAAUGUGCUUUAGUUCACAGCCUAUUGAACCACAUUUCUUCAACGGUAACAGUUAGUGUAAGAAACACAUUGCAAACAUUAACUCCGGUCAUAAAUACGCCUUACAUAUCAACAUAGCUAGCCAUGAUACACUAUAACCCCAUCAGUUUGACACGUCUGCUAGGAUUUUGGUGUUGGGGGAAGUGACCUGUGGUACAGCUGGUAGAACAUCCCCGAGUAGACAGCAGGAAGCUCCUCCAUGGUGAGGUCGAUCUUGUCGAAGCCCUGCUCUACGCCGUGAAGCAGAAGCCUGGCUACACGAGAGGUUAUGGGCGUGGUGUCGUUGGUCUUGGCCAGCUCGGCGAGGUCCAGCCAUUCGCAGCGCAGACACUCCUGGGUGCAGAAGUUGAUGUCGUAGGUGAGCGGGCUGAGUCGGCAGAUGAUGUACAUGUCUGACAUGCCAAAGGCGCCGGGGUGGUUGUGCUGCUGCCGGAUACUGAGCAGGGAUCUGAACUCAGACCGAACACCGGUUUCCUCGAACACUUCGCGUACGGCAGUGGCACCUGAGAAAGACUGAUUAGUAUAUAUAUAUAUACACAUACAUAAAUAUUCACAGUAUAUAUGUUUACACAGUAUAUGUGGAGGCAUUCAAAAGAUCCUGACAAAAAGCAAUAUAUUUAUGCUCCCUUGUCAGAAUCAAUUUGCAGACUGAUGUUUAGGGAAAAAGGAAAAUACAUAUAUUUUUGGUAAAGACAAACAUUUGACGCUGCUUUUUGGGUUGGGUCAUGUAUAUAACAUUAAAGCUGCUUUUAAAAUGUUAAAAAAGGUGAAUUGGUAGAGACUCUUUGCAUAUAGUAUAUAUCAUGUGCCUUAUUUUGAAAAGUUCUAAUGAAUGUAUUUGUAUCAUCUUUAAGCAUCAUACUAAAGUUGAAAGGAUUUAGAUAGAUGUACUGUAUUAGUUUUUUGCUCUGUUGUUUGACACUCACCGAUAUUUUCUCCUGGAUCAGACAAACCACCGGGGAACUUCCAAGCAUUCUUUGUCUGAAAUUCAAGAGCAAGUUUAAACUUUAACAUCAAGUGUGAUAGAUGGCACUGCUGUAAAUCUGUAUCUUAGAGUAAUAUCAACACGUACACUGCAGAAAAUGUCAGUUUCAGUGUAGUAUAACGUUCUGACGUCACUCGUUUCUUUAAAGUAGUGGUAAUAUCUUAACGUGAGGCCAUAUUUUUUUUUUAACUCUUCAAGAAAAUGACAGUAGGUAGUAGAUCAUAUGUUCAAAUGGAUUAUCUUAUGUAUCUGAACUAAUAAUUAUACACACAGAGAUGUUUAAUGCUCUGAUCUGAGCAUCCUUUCAUUUUAUGUUUUAUAUUUAGUGGCUCACUCUGGAGACUUUUACAUUUGAUGCGGUGAAGUGUGUGUGUCUUCCCAAACUGUCUCACCACUUAUCCUUGAUAUUUAAUAACAGUAUGCUGCUGGUUAAAUUAUGAUGUCAGUGUUGUAUAUAUAUUUUUGUAGUUACUUAAAGAAUUUUGUAUGCCAUGCUUGUUUUUUUUCCAAAAUGCUGUUUCAUCUUAGAUUUCCCUAAUUUUGCAAAUCCUCUCUUUGUGGGGAACACAAAUGCACUACGGCAUUUAUUUUCAUUUAUUGUCAACAAAAUGCUAUAUUUUUGGAGCUGUUUCUAACGUGCUGGUAGGAAGAAAUAAAUAAAUUUUGUGUAACUCUAA